UAACCAAACCAUUUUGAUAAUAUAUAGUAUAUAAUUAUAUACUUCAUCUUUCAUCUAUAGUACACAUAUAUAUCUAGCUAGCUUAGCUAAGGUCUUGUAUUACAAGGCAUCAUAUUAUAUAUAAAUCAAUGGAGCAAGCAAAAUGUUUGAAUAUUUUGUUGAAAGCAAAAAACAUGAAGAAACUUAAUCAAAAGUCAUGUUCUUCAUGGGAAGAUUAUCAAGAAGAAGCAGCCUUUGCUAACGACGCGAUUCGAGGGAUCCAAGGAGGAUCAGUUUGGCCUCCAAGAUCAUAUUCAUGUAGUUUCUGCAAGAGGGAGUUUAGGUCAGCUCAAGCUCUUGGAGGUCACAUGAAUGUUCAUAGAAGAGAUAGAGCUUUACUCAAGCAAGUCAUCACCACCCAUAAUAUUGAUAAUGAUGAUGAUGAUCAUCAUCAUCAUCAUCAUAGUCAUCAUGAUCAUGAUCAUCUUCGUCAUAGUCAUCAUGAUCAUAUGAGCAUCACUUCCAAAUCGAUGCUUCAUCAAAACCCAUCUCAGGUUUGUAGCCCUAAGACUAGAGUAGCAUCACAUCCUUCAUUAUCUAGGGUUUCUUUCAAUUCUAGUAAUAGUGGAUUUAAGAAAGUAAUUAGUAGUACUAAUGAUGUUGUUUUUCAAGCUAAUAUGUCUAUGGGGUUAGAUUUAGCUAUUGGGACAUACCAAAAAGAAGAGGAUUAUCAUCAAGAGGAGUUUUUGAAGUAUAAUAAUAAUAAGAGGUACAAGAAAAAUGGAGAUUAUAAUGUUGCUUUGUUUCCAUUCUUUGAUCAAGAGAUUAAGUGUUCUACUAAUGUCAAAGAUGGCGAUUCUCGAGUACCGGAGAUUUUGAAUCUUAGAGCCAGUAAAUCUAUGGAGGAGUUAGAUCUUGAACUCAGACUUGGUAAUUCACUUCAUAAUAAGGUAAAGUAGCAAUCAUACAUACUUUGUUUAAGGUGGACUUAAUUAGCAUGUAAUACCCAUCUUUUUAUCUAUUCAAUUUGAAAAAGCUAAGGUUAGAUAUUAUUGUAUUAGAUUAAUUACAUGGAUCUAAUCACAUAUUCAUGUCGGAUUGUAUAAGCAAAUUAAAUUCAAUACAAGCAAUGAGUUGGUUAGUUGUGCCAAUAAUUAUUGCAAGUUAAGAAGUUACUCGUUGUAUUUUUUUUUUUUUUUUAUCCAUAUGAGCCACGAAUGCAGUACAAAGUAUAAAGAAGGGGGGAGAAUCGAACUUGUGAUCUAUCGUUCACAGCACCUCAAUCUUAACUAUUAGGCCAAGACAUCCUUGGUUAAGUUACUCGUAAUUUGCUAAAGUUCUUGAGUAUAUAUGUAACUUUAGUAUAUGAUCUUAACAGAAAAGUUGAACUUUCCAUAUUACAAGUAGAUGUAUGUAAUUGAAUUAAAUAGUAUUGACAACGUACAUACACCUUAUUAAUAAUGUUACAUCAUUAUUAUUUUUGUCAUAUGCAUGAAUAAAUUUGAUCUGGAUUCAAGCUAGAAAGUGACAUGCAAUGACAAUGGCACUAGUAUACAUGCGUGAAGCUUGAAAGCUCAUUUUUCAUACUACGAUACUGCCAAUCAAAUGUAUCCAAAUCCAUCAUCAAGUAAAACAAAAAUGCCCUAAUAAUGCAAAUUAUGUUAUCUGCCGCUUUAUCAGGUAACAUAU